AGGAUCCUAAGUACCCAGUGGAGAACCUGCUGCUUGAAGGAGGCCUUCGCCCCUGGCUCAGCUGCUCCCAGGAUCGGAGUCGACAGCUGAAAGCUGAGCUGCAGCUGGAGCACGUGAGCCACAUUGGCUACAUCGAUGAGAAACUCUGAUAACGUGACCGUGACCGUGACCAGGACCGUUUCAGCUAUGGUGGUUGCCGUUCUUGCCGUUUCUUCUCCCAAGAAUCAUGCCAGGCUUCCAAAUGUGUACCAGUCUGGCUGUUUUUGUUCUGCCUGUGCAUGCAUUUGGGGGGAAUUCUGGGCCAGGACAAUAUUUGAGAUUCCUCCUAGGCCAGCAGCCGGAUAGAUCAUCUGGCCAGAUGGCAGACUUUGCCACUCUGCCGUUCUGCCCGUGGGAUAAGGCGUGUUACAUUCCCAGCUGGCAGGGUGGCAACCGUGGGUGUAUGCUUGGGAAUGGAGAGCUGAGUGGGCUCUAGGCUUCCUCCUCCUUCAGGCAGCUCCUUGUCCACGGGGAGCUCUGCAGGGCCGCGUGCUUGGCUUUGGCCCGCCCCUUUGUUGCAGAUGCAGGGGCGGAGCCAAUAGUGGGAGGGGGUCCAUUCAAGACCCUCUCUCAUCCCUCCCCAGUCAGCGUUUCAGUGAAACACUGGCUGGAGGGGAGAGGAGUGUGCCUUAGUAUUGUCUACCCAGACUGGCAGCAGUUCCUCAAAGGGUACAGGAAGAAGUCUCUCUUGGGCCUGUCUUGGAGAUGCUGCCAGGGAGGGAACUUGGGACCUCCUGCUCUUCCCAGAGCGGCCCCAUUAUCCCCUAAGGGGAAGAUCUAACAGUGCUCACACAUGCAGUCUCCCAUUCAGAAGCAAACCAGGGCGGACCUUGCUUAGCAAAGGGGACCAUGCAUGCUUGCUCCUGCAGGACCAGCUCUCCUCCUUUGGACGCUUUGCUGGGGUAGGAUCGGGCCAGUGCCUCUUCCGCCUGCUUGAGAUGAAGAGAAUUGCCGCUUGGCAAGGGGCCUCUUGGCUCAGUUAGCAGGGGUCUGGGUGCAGAAAUGGCUUUCUUUUUGUGCCCCCUGCCAGGGAACUGCGGCUCUGCCUUCCUCCAGAUCGACGUGGGGCGCUCCUCCUGGCCUGUAGAGCAGAGCUACCUCACCUUGCUGCCCACCGCCACCUUGAUGGUGCCAGCCGAUGCCAAGCUGGGCAAGAAUCGCUCUGGAGUCCGGAUGUUUAAGGAAGGGGACUUCCUGGCCCCAGCUCUGGGUGAGAAGUGGGACCGCAUCCGGCUCACCUGCAGCCAGCCCUUCAACCGGCACGCCCAGUUUGGCCUCUCCUUCAUCCGGAUUCGCACUCCGCUGGACGCAGAGGACAGCAAGUCGGAUCUACCCUCUUCUCAGCAGGCUUCCCCUGAGCUCACGGGCAGCCCCUGGCUCUCCAAUGCCUCCUUCUGCAGGACUUUCUUCCCAGAGGUGCCCUCGAGCUCCAAGGAGGAGGAGGCGGCGCUCAGAAGCCGGCUGCAGCAGCUGGACCCUGGCAGCCCUGGGGCGCGGAGCCCAGCCUGCCUGAGUCGCCCGGCCCAGAUGGUGCUGAAGGCAGCCUCUGCCCACAAAAGAGUCUUCCCCCUGCGGGCUGCCUCCACCCUGCCAACCGUGGGCAGCCACGAGAGCGGCCAGGACCCCCAGCGCCCCGAGGGUGUGGCUCAGAGCUGUGUGGCAUUGCGGACCAAGCAGGAACUGUCUGCAAGGAGAGAACGGGUGAAAAAAGGCCGGCGCAGGGGACUGCUCAGCUGCAUGGGGAGAUCAGUGGCAGCUGCUUCCGCCAGGCCGAAGGAUGGUUCUCAAAGGGAAGGAAGAAGCCAAGGCCAGAAGGGAAGGCUGAGGAAGGAGGAAGAGGAGGAGAACUGGCUGGAAGAGGCUGCUGUGGGGAUGGGCACGUGCCCCAUAUGUGCUGGUUGUUUUCCCAUCGGCCUCCUGCCGGACCACGCCUCUAGUUGCGGGGAAGAGAAUUUCCAAGCCAGCUCUUCCUCCUCCUCGUCCUGGGAAGAAGAAGAGCCGCGCGAGGCCUGGGUUCACUGCCCCAUCUGCCAGUGCCGCUUCCCUCCUGCUGCGGUGGAGGCUCAUGCUAGCACCUGUGGGGAGCCACCUGAGGGGCCCCCCUCCUGGCUGUGGCUGGAAGAGGGGGAGUCGGUCUGAGGGGGGCGCCCGCCGCUGGCCAGCAGCUCCCCUGGGCAAGAACGGUCCGUUCACACGUUUGGUGUUCAGCUGGGAGGCCGGCGACCUGGCUGGAAGAAGCAGGAGCCCCACCGAGGCCACGCCAUGCCAUGCUUCCUGGCACAGACACUCCGUGGGAGUCUCCUCAGAGAUGGGCUUUAGCCUACAGGGACUGCGGCAGAGAGAGGGAGAGGCGGCAGGGGGGCGCUUGGGGGCUCCCCACACUCUCCCUCUGCUGCCGGGUUCCUCUCCAGCUACCCCCUGCUCAAGUGUCGGGCUCUCGGGGCUCAGUCUGCGGCUGCAAGGGCAGGAGAGGCCGUCAGAGGGCUGCCUUCGAGGCACGUCGGGGACUGCACAGCUCAUGCCGGUCUCGCUUCUCCAUGUGGACUAGUGACACAGGGGACCAGUCCAGGCUGUGACAUUGGCUUGGUCUUGACUGUGAGAUCCAGAGUUCUGAAGAAACACUCCUGCUGCCAUCAAACCAGCGGCCCCUGAGCAAACUGUCCACCUCUGAUCAGCUUUGGGUGUCCAUCUCUGAACCCACCAAAAGCAGUCUGGCCUAAUCACAAUCAAGGUGUUUUCUGCUCUCUUGACUGGUUUGAAGGACUGUUGUUGGGUCUGAAUUCUCCCCACUUCAACUGCAAAACGAAGACGACGAAUGAUUCUUCCCCACAAAUCCUCUCCAGGGGGCUUUCCAGAUUAACCCCUACAACAUAUCUGCGACGUGUGCUUCCGUACCUCCUGUGUUGUGACUCCGCAGUCCCCACGCGGUCAGCAGGGCGCCGUUCACCUUUCGGACGCCUUGUUCCGGACUUCAUCGCUGUGAUUUAGUGCCUAUUGUGGCAAAAAAGGAGCCGUUUCCCCCACCCAGACCACUUUCCCUUUCUGCUAGGAGAGCAGAGUGGGAGUCCGCACAGCCUUCCGGUGGGGAGGGGUCACAGCUGCCAAGGCCUUUCCCAGCUUUGGCACAGUUUGUUACAGAUUUCCUCCCACAGCAAUAAAACCUGACAUCCCCCC